AGUGCGGAACCGCCGUCACCACGUCCCCAGCGGGCAGGCAGUUGCCAAAAUUUGGGCGAGGGACGCGACCGCGCGCAGCGCAGGCGAGGGAAAGGAAAGGAAAGGAAGCCCGGCCGAAAAGGCUCCGCGGCCGCCAGAAACUCAAACGACGCCCCUCCCCGCCCCUCAAAAUUUCGCUGCCGCCUUCUCCCCUCCCUUAAAUCCAUCCCCCGAUUUGUUCGUCCCGCCGCCCCCAUUGCCAUUGCCAAUCCGCCCACCACCACAACAUCGCCCCGCAAAUCGCCCGGGGAGCCCGAGACAGCGGUUGCGCUCCGGCCAUGUCGUCCGCGGUCGUCCGCCGCGCGCGCUCGCGGUCCUCGCCGGGGCGCUUCGACUCGACGCGGCGCACGCGGCCGCGGGUGGAGGAGGAGAAGGAGCGGCCGGCGGUCCGCGAGGAGGAGAAGGCCGACGUGGUGUCCGCGCUGCCCGACGACAUGCUGCUCGAGGUCUUCAGGCGGCUGCCGCCGCCGACGGGCGCCGUCCGCUGCGGGGCGGUGUGCCGGCGCUGGCGCCGCGUCGUGUCCCGCGCGCCCGGCCUCCCCGCCCCGCCCCGCCACUUCGGCUUCUUCCGCAACCACGGCCCGUCCGCGCUGCCGCCGUUCGUCCCCACCGCGGGCGUCCCGCUCGGCCUCGGCUUCCUCCCCGUGUCGCCCGCCUGCGGCGUCAUCCUCGUCGACUGCCGCGGCCACCGCCUCCUCCUGCGCGAGCUCGGCGGCCAUCUCGCGACGGAACUCAACCUCCUCGUCUGCAACCCGCUGGAGAAGGCGUUCGUUCGGCUGCCGCCCCUCCCCACCGCCGGUCACACGGUGUUCUGCCACACCAUCGUCCCGGGGGAAGGAGCCGAGUUCCGUGUCCUCGUCGUGCUCUUCGGUGCGACCUCCCCCAACUUCUAUGUUCUCAUCUACUCUUCUGCCACCUCUGCCUGGGAGGUCGCCGCCGGCGCGCUGAAGCGGCCCCUGAAGCCCCACCGAGGCCCUACCGCCGUCGUCGGGGACAUGGUGUACAUGCUACCGGCCGAUGACAACCCCAAAUACAUUCUGGCUGUCAACACGGCCAAGAUGACCAUGUCUGGGGUGCCGCUCCCCAACGCCGAGAUUCCCCUGUACACCGGCAACAACUGGAUCGGCAAGGCGGAGGACGGCCGCCUCUGCUUCUUCGUGAUCCGGGAGCACCUGCUUCUGGCGAAAUGGGUGCUUGACGCGCCCAGGACGUGGACGCCGCAGGAGCCGGUGGCAUUGCGGCCGCUGAUGACCCCAGCCACGGCCGGGGACCUCCACGGCAUGAAGCUCUCGGCCAGGAUCGGCGACCAGGUAAGCAACGGGUGCAAGCUUGUGAUCGGUGGGUUCUGCGAGGGCACCGGGACAUUGUUCUUCAUCAUGGCUGACUGGGUUGUUUCGCUUGACAUCAAGACGUUGAAGAUGGAGAGGCUAUGGCACAACGACGACGAGCGGAGACCCCUCGGCGACCUCUACCCCUACGAGAUGGAGGCGUGGCCGCCGGCGCUCAAGGACCUGGUGAAGCCUCCGGUGAAUGCAUAGCGUGGCACUGCGUGCUGAUUACUGUAGCGUGUGUUUUGGUGGUGUCAGUGAGAAGGGAAUUGUUAUGUUCAGUAUUACUGUCGAGUUUGUACUUUUGGACUGAAUUGUUGUAAAGAUAAUGAUAUUUGUGGUUGCAGUUAGAACUGCUAUAAUAUCGAUGAUCCAAUGAAAUUGCUUUUAGAUU